GUGCCAGGCAGAGGCCGCUUGGCAGGCGACUGGGCAGCCAGCGGAGCGACGCUAAUUCUCCCCGGGAGGCUAAUCGGGUGGAGGCGGCGGGCAGAGGGGGGAGGAAGAAGGGCAGAAUCGCGCCCGGGAUCGACGGACGGAGCCCUCCCUGAGUUGCUGCUGCUGCUGCUGCUUCGCACAGGCUCGAGAGGGAGAGCGCGCGCGCCCCGGGCAGAGGCUCCGCGAAAACAACUUUCCUCCCAAGGCAGCUUUUGCAGCCCAAAACCGGGGCAUGCCGAAGCAGACCGAAGAUCGGCCUCCACCUGCCGUGCGAUGAGUCCUUUGUGGGGGAAGAAAACCCUUCAUCGUCGUCGUCAUCGUCGUCUCUCUGCCCGACCCCCACAUCUGGAAUUGGGAAUCACUGGCAGGUCGUUUCUGCAUGGCUAACACCGGAGCUGUGUGAGCAGAUCGCCGGACCGCUGCUGGAGGUAAGCCGUCGCUAUGGCAACGCCAGGAUGUUCCCUGAGAAGAACCAGAGGGCCGUUGUGACACAGGGGAUGUGUUUGACAGAGGGGUUUUCCUCCUUUCGGCUGUGAAGAGUAGGUCGGUUUUGUAGCACCCGUCAGCUGGUAACCUCCGGUGAGCUGGACCAGGGGUGGGGAGGGUCUUGUGGUCGCGCCUCCAAUAUGAUCAUGCCGAGACAGCUGAGAUCUAGGUCAUGCUGAGCCACCAGCUACCAAGUUAGCACCCACGGGCCCCUCAGUCUUCCUCCGAGUUCCCAGCUGCCGUCCACCAACUACCAACCAUGAAACCUGGCCAGUCUUCCUGUCUUUUGGGGUUCUUCCUUGUAUUCGCUGCUCUCCUGGCCGCAGAUCUGAUGCCAAGGGUGACCAUCCGGAGCGGGGAUGCAAAUCGGAUCCGCCCCACUUUCAGCCAGGACGAGGUUCUGAACUUCGACACGUUCCUCCUGAGUGAAGACAGAGAGACCCUUUUUGUGGGAGCCAGAGACACCAUCCUUGCCCUCAACAUCAGCGAUCCUUCCUCCAUCAGGCUGAAGGGUUUGAUACCAUGGAAGGCCACACCUGAGAAAAAGGAAGAAUGUGUUUUUAAGCAGAAGAGCCUUGAGACUGAUUGUUUCAACUUUAUCCGUGUCCUGGUACAGCUGAACAGCACGCAUCUCUACACCUGUGGGACAUAUGCUUUCAGCCCCGCCUGUGCUUACAUUCAACUGGAUGAUUUCAGCCUGGCUGCCGAUGAAAACAAUCAGUCCCUCUUCCAGAAGGGGAAGGGCCUGUGCCCCUACGAUCCUAACUAUGACAAUACAGCCAUUGUUGUUGAUGGAGAACUUUACACAGGGACUAUGAACAACUUCCAAGGCAACGAGCCCAUCAUCACUCGCACCUUGGGCAACAGAGUCAUUCUGAAGUCUGAUUUCUUCUUUACCUGGCUGAAUGCUGACGCAGCUUUUGUGGCCUCUUUCAACAUCCCAAGCCCCCCAGAUGAUGACAAGAUCUACUUCUUCUUUUCGGAAACGGGGGAGUAUGACUUCUUCGAUAAAAUGAAGGUAUCCAGAGUGGCUCGAGUGUGUAAGAACGACAUCGGAGGAGAUAAAGUACUUCAGAAGAAAUGGACCACCUUCCUCAAAGCUCAACUCUCUUGCUCCCACAAGGGCGAGUUUCCAUACAACGUCAUCCAGCACAUUGUUGCUGUCCCGCAGCAGGGAGGCAGUACUGUUUUCUACGGCAUCUUUGCUUCUCAGUGGCGGAGGGGAAAUCUGCGGAGCUCAGCCGUCUGUGUGUUUGACUUUGAGGCCAUCAAGCAAGCCUUUGAAGGGAAAUUCAAGGAGUUCAACAAGGAUUGUUCUCAGUGGAUGACGUAUAAUGGGCCAGCUAUCGAUCCCCGCCCUGGCAGCUGUUCGGUUGGCCCCUCCGCAGACAGAGCCCUGACGUUCAUCAAAGAACACUUCCUGAUGGACGAGAAGAUUUUGCCCAAGCAAAAUCAACCUCUCUUGGUGAAGCAGAAUGUCCAAUACACUCGGAUUGCGGUCCACCAGACCUUGAAUAUUAAGGGGGAACCAUACACCGUGAUGUUCUUGGGGACAGAUAAUGGAUUCCUUCACAAAGUAGUGGUCACCGCCAAGGGAGCUCACAUCAUCGAAGCGAUCGAGUUGUUCUGGGAGCCAGAACCGGUUCGGAACUUGCUGCUCUCUCCUGAAAAGGGUAUCCUUUAUGUGGGCUAUUCUGAAGGAGUCCUGCACAUACCGCUGGCCAACUGCAGCAUGUACAAAAGCUGCGCGGAAUGUGUGCUGGCACGAGACCCCUACUGCGCCUGGAACCGGCAUUACAGCAAAUGUAUUCAGUUCCAGAAUCUGGAGGUCCUGACUAACUGGCUGCAAGACGUCGAGUAUGGGAAUCCCGGCCUUGGAUGCCAAGACAUGAGCAAACGCUCCAGAACUUUGUUGAAGUCUCCGAAUGAUGCCGAUGACAGAGUUGUAAAAACUUUGACCUCUUCGUUGAACUCUAUGGUACGGUUGACCUGUCCUCAUGCUUCCGCCCUGGCCAACUACACGUGGAGCUAUCCGAAGGAGAAGACGGAAGGGCUGGUCAUAGAGGAAGGCAAAACCCUGGUCGUCAUUGUCCAGAGGGCCUCCCUGGGCACAUACGAGUGUUUGUCCUACGAGAACGGGUACGAGCAGGUGGUGGCCAGCUACCGCAUCCUCACCCCGAAGUACCCCGACAUCCUGGGCAGCAGCGACAAAGACGGCAUUGCCGAGGAGGGCCUGCCCCACCAGGCUCUGCCGGCGGGCAAGCGGCGUUCUUACUGGGUCCAGUUUGUGACCGUGACCGUGCUGCUGUCCAUGACCUUAGCGAUCGCAGCAGCUUUCGCUUUCUUCACUUACCACGACCGGCUGAAAGCCAAGAACAAAGUCCAGGGGUCCAGCGCCCCCGAAGGCGGCAGAGCACUUGGGCAACAGAAAGUCCCCUUAAACAGCAACCAGAGCACCCCACAAACCAACGAAUACCAGAUGCAGGGCUCUCCGACGGAAGGGGCCACUGGCGGUUCCAAGCCCUGCUGCGUGCAGCCGGAAGGCGCGUUCCAAGUGAUCGACCUCGACAACAACCGCCUGAACUCUGCCUUGGUGAACGGGGAUGACUCCAGAAAGGCCGUGGCGGUGGGUGGGAGCCUGGCUUGAUCUAGCUUUGCCCCCUCGUUGGCUGUUGCUGGGAGCGACCCUUCAAGAUUAACAUCUCGAGCUCACGGGCAACCUGAAAAAGAAUUCUUGGCCUAGCCAUUUCUAUGGCAGCAUUCAGAAAAUACCAUCCGAAAACAAGGAGUUACCUCUGAAUUCAGUUUUUCUGGUCUUGUCUGUACGAUGCCACGCAGACCUGAAAAACUGGCGCCAAGGGGCUGGGGCAGAAUCCCUUAAUAUUCAUGGGUCUUUGGGGUCCUCCCUGCAUCUGCUCUUCCUCCGUCAAUAUGGUACCAGAGCCCAUCGCCACGGCUUCUCUGCACAGUUGCUCCUAGCCAAAUUCAUAAAUCUCCAUGUGAAAUGUUUAUGGAGAUCAGGGACAAGCUGACCCCAGCCUCUUAAUCUUCUGGGUCCCAUAGGGUUUGGAGAGGUUUGGGAAUCGGAAGGUCAAGGCUGGGCUGCUUCGUUGGCUCUGCUAGACGGCCUUGAGGUUUUGUGACACAGGAGGCCGGGGCUUUCUGCUGCCAAAAAAGCAAGGAAGGGGGGAGGCCACAAAACAGUGGGUUUAAAGGAAGAGGGGGGAACAAUAAGAGACAAGUACAGCCUUCCUGUAUGAGGGAUCAGUGGGGAAGGGGAACGUCAGAGGCAGUAAUGUUGCUACGUAAAUUUGGGCCAAUGUUGAGGAUGGCGGAGUGGGAAACAGGCUGACAUCUCUGACCAAGGGAGUGCAGGCCCCACUCAGAGGGUAGUCCAUGUAUGACAGUGUCCUCUCCGGUUCCUGGUCCAGGAGGGAACUCUGUGUUUGAUGGUGCCUGGUGGAUGGAGCUGGGCAUAUGUGGUCUUGGGGCCCUGUUUUUUUUUUGUGGUAUGGGAGUAUUAUGGAAGGGUGAGGUUCCAGCUGCUCGCUGGCCCUGCUGUAAAGGAAAAUGGGGAGGGGAGACUGAGACGUGUCUGCAAGCCUCUAUGUGAAUCUGAAUCUCCCCCUCUUUAAGAACACCUUGAAGGUAUAUUUGAUCUAAAGACUGGCUUACCGUUGAUUCGAGGUUUUAUGCAAAAAAAGAAGCAAAACUUCUGUAAUCCAAAUUCAGCACCAAGGGAAAAAAAAGUGGAUUCUUCUACAGUAGCAUUUUUUUCCUCUUAUUUUUGCACAAUCCUGACAUUUUUACUAUUUUUGCAUAAAUUAUUGUGUUUUUGCUACUCUCAGAGGGGAAAGGAGCUAAGCAGGGUCCAGUGCCCCCAAACCACUGGAAAUAUUGUUCAGUCACCUUCCUUUUGGCUUCUGAUAUUUUUACAUCCCUUCACUUGCUCUGAGGACUAGAAAGCUGAGUUGUGUUUUGAACAAAAGUUGAUUGUCAGGAAGGAAGUGCUGUAAUCUACACGUUUCUUUCCCCUGCACUGUGAAUCCUUAUUUUAAAAGAAGUAGUUGAUGUUGCCUCUCUGGAGAAAUGCUUGUGGGCCACAUUCAGUAUUAUCUUUCCUGUGUACAUAUGGGGUGCUCGGAGGGGAUUUAGACCAAAGCUGCAGUGUCCAUGGCAUAAAUUGGAUUUGAACCCAUCUCUGCAGACCAGAAGACUGUUUGUUCACCCCUGCCACCUUAACAUGGGACCAAAGAACUAUGCGUGAAGGAAUUUGUACAGUCAGAGAGUGAAGGACAUUCUGAGUGUUUGAUAACAGCUGAGACGGCAGCCUUAUCUUUUUACCCAGUGUGCCCUUCUCUUGGCGUUUGCGCUUUCUGUACAAACACCGAACCUGCUUGUUCCACCUGGGUGGGGGCUGUCCCUUCUUAUCUUGCUCCAAUUUAGGAGAGAGCUGAAAUUGUUUCUUCCCUCCCACCUUCCACUAACAGCUGCAUUUCUUCAAGGCGGAACUGUUAUUCCGUGCCCAUGUAGCGCUGCUGACCUCUAGUGAGUAAAACAGCAAACCACAACUUUUGACAACUUUGUUGAGACCUCCAGUUUGUUUCUCUUGGCACUUUCCCCUGAUCUGGGGACCUUGACUGUUAGAAAAAAAAGGAAAAAACCCUCUCUUCUACUUCUUUAGGCUUGCUGUGGCCACGGAAACCGUUUGGGAGGUGGUUACGUCAAGACAGUAUUUAUUCUUAAAAUUGCUUAUUUUUUUAUGGGAUCUAAGGACGUGUCGAUUUGGAUGCAGGACUUCAGAAGCCCAGAAAGUCAUCAAGCACCCAGAUGUUCU